AUUCAGGCUCUUGAAAUAGAGUUUAUUAACAUCAUUCCUCUAUUUGGCUGGCAUUUUGAGUAGAUUGUUCUGACUAAAUCUAGUUCCACCAUGCAAACUACAUGUUUUCCUCUGAAUUUAUAAUCAGUAUCUCUUCAAUUGUAAUUAUUCUACCUGCGUUUUAUGUUAUAAGAAAACCGAACAGUUAUCAUCAUUCGAUAGGACAAAGGCUUAACUAUGCUUCUUACCCAAACUACCAAACUAAGUAUUCAGAUGUGUGACCAUAUCCCUACAAACACGCUAAAAUCAAGCAAUCCCAUUUCACUUACAUAUUGUUUGAAACACAUGCUAGUCAAUCGCAAAAUACUGAUUCGCAUUUUAGAUUCAAGGUAAGCAAUGCAUUAUAUACUUACAACAUAUUUAUCAUGUUCAAUUUAAGGAUCCGAAUACCAGAUCGACGAGGAGGACAAGAGUGACACAUCGUCGGAAUUUGCCACCAAUUACCAGAGUCCAGUCAAGCGCAAGAACAAAAUCUUGAGACAAAGGGAAGAAAAUGGAAAAAAGAAUAGAUUAGGAAGCGGUCCAGUUGCCUCAUCUACACCUAUGACAAGAGUUUACGACUUUUCAGAUGGAGAAGAUGACGGUCAGGACUUACUGAGAAGAGCCUCAAGCUGUAAGAAACAAGCUGCAAUUCAAGCUGAGACUCCUCGUAUGAGACAAGGAAAGUCAAUCCCCUAUGCGGAAUUUCUCCAACUCAUGAGGGUCAUGGAAGGACGACUUCACAGGGCCAUUACAGAUUUGAAGGGCGAAGUCGGCGACCUUAAAAAGGAAAUUGGAAACUUAAACAGCGAGGUUAGAGACCUCAAGAGCAAACUUACUGAAAAGAAUACACAGGUUACCGCCCUAACUGCAAAAGUUACACGUUUGGACAACAGGGUCCAGGAACCAACACAAACUUCGACCAAAUCCAGCAAAGUCAGUACAAACAUAAGGGCAGCAUUGAAGGCAGCGAUCGACCAUGCUGAAACUGAGAAAGGGUGGACUAUGGAGCCUAUGUUCACGUUGGAGUCCGCACAGAAUCGACAAGUUGUCAAAUACAUCUGGGACUUUUCUAAGGUGAUAGCUCCAAGCAUGACAAAACAGGAAUUUAAAGAUGGUAUGACCAGGAUCAUGUUAACGAAGAAAGAGAAGCUAUCCCGAACACGUAACGGAAAAGAGAAAGAACACACGGACGCGUCCAGAAAGAAUUCAAGGAAACUGACGAAAAGCAGAAACCGUGUAACUGGCAUUGAAAAAUCCGAACUACCUCAUCACACAAGGACCAAGUACAUUCGAGUAAUGAAAAAAACGCAGCUCAUGUCGUCAGAAGAGAGUUCGGUCGACGAGGAUGGCAACCGGGUCUUCAAUGUGAGAAGGAGGGACUGGGAGAGUCAUGAAAUGAGGGCCGCUAAAAAAGUGGCCGACGAGACAUUUAGUAAAACAACCAAGACAGCAGCGUCCAUCGUACCACGGACGAGACGAAUUACAGGUGUCUCGUCAUUUGCACCACCUCCUGCCUGGUUGCAGAAAGAAGACAGCUGGGUCAGCUCAGCACUGACAUACCAUGGAGUAGUUUAGAAUCAUCAUCAUUCAUAUCCUCAUCAGAACAUGCUUACUUACUUACUAAAAGGGGUGUUUUUAUAGGUUAGGAAUUUUAGGGUUUAUUGGCAGCUUGUUUUUUGUCCUUUUUUUUAAAUGCGGCCAAGUAGGCCUGGUUUGAUUAGAUAUAUGCUUAGUGCUUCAAAGGUUUAAAGUCAUGUAGGGGGUUCAGUACAGUCAUGUGAUUGUUGCAAUUUAGUGAGGAUUGGAGUGUUGUUUGGUCUGUGUUGCUGGUAAUGUGUUCCAUAAAGUAUUGAAUAGGGCGCUCUAAAUGUAAAUGUCACACGGGAAUAAUACGUGUUCGGGCGUUUCUUUUUAAGUUGCAGUGGGGGUAUUUACCGGUUUGGUGGUUUUUUUAAUUAGGUGUAGGUGAGAGCUUAACUUAGUGUGGCCUGUUUGUAGUUUGGUUAUUACUCUGUCAAUGUUUUUGGUUUUAUGAUGGAUAUGUUUUUUUGAGUGGCGUUUUAGUUUGCAAUCAUAUUUCUGAUUGUUAUUUUGCCGCUAUUUUCCUUUGAGAUACUUUUAACUUCUUUUUUUUUAUUUUGGUAGGUUGAUGCUUGGGAUGCUUACUUCU